CCUCAUCCUCAGGGGACCCAGAUCCCCUCCCCAGCUUGGGAGGCUCAGCCAAGAACCGGAAGAGCCACUGAGGAUGAGACGCUUCAGCUGCCUUUGAAGAGGGGAGUCCCUCCAGCCCCAAACUCCAGUACCGGGUGGUUCCCUCCCUUGGCUGGGGGAACCUCGGAGACAGAACCCAGAAGAACCAUGGCUUCUGAUCUGGAGAGCAGCCUCACCUCCAUAGACUGGCUCCCCCAGCUGACCCUCCGAGCUACCAUUGAGAAGCUAGGGAGUGCUUCCCAGGCUGGCACUCCGGGGGGCAGCCGCAAGUGUCCACCAGGCUCACCCACAGAUCCUAAUGCCACCCUGAGCAAAGAUGAGGCAGCAGUCCACCAGGAUGGCAAACCACGAUACAGCUAUGCCACCCUCAUCACCUAUGCCAUCAACUCCUCUCCAGCCAAGAAGAUGACCCUCAGCGAGAUUUACCGCUGGAUCUGUGAUAACUUCCCCUAUUACAAGAAUGCUGGCAUUGGUUGGAAGAACUCAAUUCGGCACAACCUUUCUCUCAACAAGUGUUUCCGGAAGGUGCCCAGACCCCGGGAUGACCCUGGGAAGGGCUCUUACUGGACCAUCGACACUUGUCCCGACAUCUCCCGAAAGAGGAGACACCCACCAGAUGAUGAUCUAUCCCAGGACUCACCAGAACAGGAGGCGAGCAAGAGCCCUCGGGGAGGUGUUCCAGGGAGUGGAGAAGCCUCACUGCCUCCAGAAGGGAAUCCUCAGAUGUCACUGCAGAGCCCCCCAUCUAUCACCAGCUACAGCCAGGGCACAGGAUCUGUGGAUGGUGGAGCAGUGGCUGCAGGGGCUCCAGGCCGAGAAAGUGCUGAGGGUCCCCCUCCCUUGUAUAACACCAACCAUGACUUCAAGUUCUCCUACUCAGAGAUCAAUUUUCAGGAUCUGAGCUGGUCCUUCCGCAACCUCUACAAAUCCAUGCUGGAGAAGUCCUCUUCCUCCUCUCAGCAUGGCUUUUCCUCUCUCCUGGGGGACAUGCCACCCUCUAACAACUACUACAUGUACCAGCAGCAGCAGCCGCCUCCUCAACAGCAGCAGCAGCAGCAACAGCAGCAGCCGCCGCCGCCACAGCCACAGCAACAACAAUCACAGCCACAGCAGCAGCAGGCACCAGCCCAGGGCCCCUCAACGGUAGCGGGUGCUCCUCCACUGCACACCCCAAGCCCAGAUGGUUGUACCCCACCAGGGGGCAAGCAGGCUGGGGCCGAAGGCUAUGGGCCUCCCUCUGUGAUGGCCAUGCAUCCUCCCCCACUGCAGCAUGGAGUCUACCACCCUCAUCAGCACCAUCCCCACACCCACCCUGCCCAGCAGCCGCCACCACCACCACCACAGGCACAAGGCCAAGCUCCUAUCAAUAGUACUGGUUUUGCCUUUCCUCCUGACUGGUGCUCCAAUAUUGACUCCUUAAAGGAAAGCUUCAAGAUGGUGAAUCGGCUCAAUUGGUCCAGCAUUGAGCAGUCACAGUUCUCAGAACUGAUGGAGAGUCUGCGACAGGCAGAGCAGAAAAACUGGAGCCUGGACCAGCAUCACAUUGCCAAUCUGUGCGACUCCCUCAACCACUUCCUUACUCAGACUGGUCACGUGCCCCCUCAGGGGGGUUCCCACCGGCCACCAGCCCCUGCCCGAAUUGCUGACUCCUGUGCCCUCACCAGCGGCAAACAAGAGCCAGCCCUAAACCAAGUGAACUCUUAUGGGCACCCACAAGCCCCCCACCUAUACCCUGGCCCAUCACCGAUGUAUCCAAUCCCCACCCAGGACUCAGCAGGAUACAAUCGCCCAGCACACCAUAUGGUCCCUCGGCCGCCGGUUCCACAUCCUGGUGCCAAUGAGGAGAUCCCUGAUGACUUCGACUGGGACUUGAUCACUUAGUGCAUCACAGAGUGUGACUCUCAGCCCAGGGCUGGUGGUGAAGCCUGGCAGUGGGGAAAGAGCAGCCCCAGCCCAUCCCUUCUCCCCUUGCCUGUAUAUAGAUAUAUAUCCUCUUGUUUUGUUCUUUCUCUGUCAGAGAAGUCACCGCAAGAUGCUGCCGAAGAUAACCCCUUUUCCCUGCCUCAUUCUUCCUCUUUCUUCUUGUUUUCCCCGAUUCUUUUAUUCUUAUUAUGUUACUAUUAUGAUUAUUGGUUAUAUGCAGUCCCCUGUCUCCUAUCCCCAUACCAUCAACCAUGUGCACCCCUUGCUAAUUUAAAAUCAUCUGGCUGGAAGGCGAGGCCAUGAUAGCUACAGAGAAAGGUUUCCAACUCGGAUUUACCUUUCACUCUGAGAUAUUCAAUGCUCACCAUACCUUUCGACCUUAAAUUGUUUUCUGUUCCUAUCAAUUCAGUCCAGGACUGGAGAGGCCACAUUACCAAGUAGAAGGACCUCAAAUACUGCUUGGCAGCCAGGACUUUGCAGGUUUUACUCAAUGGUGCUAAUUUUGUCCUCUGAGCUCUUCCCUGUCCCUUCAUAUUUUCAGUCCUUACUUCUGUUGGUCCUCAUUCCCCAUUAAGGGUAAGAGUGAUGGUGCCCGAAGGUGACAACAGAACCCUAGUGGAAUAAGAGGCCUGGGUUGGGUGGAGUAGAAUACUGCAGCGGGCAAUGGAAUGUAAAACAUUCAGGAAUUGGUAUAUAAUGCUCUGUCAAAUCAACAUCAGUUGGCUUGUUCCGAAGGGAGAUAGGGCGGGUCUGGGUCAGAACUCUGUUGCUAUGGUAGGAAUGAGGACAACUCUUCAGCAUAGGCUCGGCUUUUUGGAGAUGUUUUCAGUGUAACCGUUUUGGCUUUUUAAACAUAAUUUUCUCUGGAAAUGUACUGUGGUUCUUAUCUGCAGUUCAGUUACAGAUCAGUCUUCAGUCCUCUUUCCCACUCAGCAAAUACUAUGCUGUCCUCCUUUGGUUGUUGGCUCAACUCCCCUACUCACCGUAUUUUCUUCCCUCAUUUUCUGGCAUUCUCAAGAUAGAAAAGUAACCCAUUAUCACUCUCAGUGUCAUCAUGUCCCAGGACAGGAUGGGAAUCUCUUUCCCACCGAUCAUAGCAGAACCAGCUUGAAUUGGUGGUAAGAGGGUGGGCAGAGGAAAAUGAAGCUGGCAUCGACACAGGAAGGAACUCUUUCAAUUCUUUCAUUAUAUAGGCACAUGCUCUGUUGGAAUCCAGACCAUUGGGGCUGUAACGUUUACAGUGGCCUUUGGAGGGGGUGAAGGAGCUUGGCAGUGUGGGGUAAACAAUCUAGAGGGAAGAGUUCAAUGAGAACCAAGGGAGACCCCUCAGGAAAAAGGUAUACGGAUAACUUCUCUCCUUUAACAAGGAGUGGCCGUGAUUUAUUGCUGCAGAGUACUCAGUGUAUAUUGAUAUUCAUUGUUGAAUUGUAGUCAUGGGUGGGAAGAACAGUUUUACUACCAUUUUUAUUUCUCUGUUUAGUUUCUGAAAGCUACGGGACAUAAUGUAUGGACUGGACAGGGCCACUCUCUCAGUGAUUUCUGUUUUUUUUGUUCAUAUUUCUUUAUUUACUGAUGAUUUUCAAAAGACUUAGCUUUCCACUCCUGAUUUCUCCCCCUCUCCCACCCCCUGCUUUCUUUAGAAGGGGGUUAUAUAUGAGGGUUGGUUGAAGAUGUCCAGUGAGGCUGAAGUAAAGAGGCAGGAAAGGGCAGUUGACUAAAGAGCACUUUAUUUCUUUGAAGUUCUUUGUAAGAAGUGGGGAUGUGAGUGGCUUGAAUCCCCCAUUGUGUUGGAGGGCAGUUAGUGGGGUUGAAGUAUGACAUAAUAUUUUAAAAUUGGGGAAAGGAGAAUUUCUCAUAGAGGGUGGCACAAUGCCUUUGCCCAGUGUUUCUAUUUUGGGCAUCUUUCUUAUUCCUUCCAAUCAAGGUGCCUCCUGCACACAACUUCCUAUCUGUUCUCCCUAAGAUGCCCACUUUACGUGUUAUCACUACUCUUUUGUAAACUCCUUUUCUACUCAGAUUCAGACAGUUUGCAAGGGUAGACUAAAUCAUCCAUGUAAAUGUCCCUUGUUUAUAAAUCAUCUGUGUCUCAAAGAAAACUAGUCUCAUUAAGAACUCUGGUGAGCUGCCAGAGUAACUGAAGUUUGGGGCUAGGGCUGGAGAUUGGCUGUCAGGCUUCCUUGGACUUAAGGUCCCCUUCACUAAACUCAGCCUUGCUCAGUGGCAGCAGAAAAUCCUGACCAUCUUUGGGCCUUAGUUCCCUAUUCCUCACCACAAAAUGGAAGAAUACUACUUUUUCUUGUUGGUUCAGCAUUGCUGGGCUGGAAGUAUAGUCAUUGUUGUUGUAUUGGGUGAUGUGUGCAAAACUGCAGGAGCUCACUGCCUGCAAGAUGAAAUAAGGGGGAAAGGAGGAGAGGGACAGAAGGAGCAAUUACUUGGUGUAGAUCCACCCAUCCCUGCCUUCCUCUCUUUAACCUCUAUGUUUCUGGUUUGGUGAGUCCUUCCUACCACUCAUAAUGCUUUGCAUUGGUGCAGGCUGGGAAGGGGGGGUAUGGUCUCACAAUUGUUGUUGUUGUUUUUUUGCAUGCUUUCAUAAUAAAAACCAAGAAGAAUGUU